UUCAAAACAAAGCCAGAAUUGCAAAUAAAUGAGGCAGUAAAAGUAAACACAACAUUACAGAUCUGACCACUCUCUCUCUCUCUCUCUCUCUCUUUGUUUAUCUUCUUGUCAAGUAUCCUUUGCGCUCUCUCUCUUUGCUUAGCCCAAACGUUAACAGAUGGCGGGGAAAGGUGGUAAGGGAUUGCUAGCAGGAAAGACAACAGCAGCGGCAGCAGCAGCAGCCAACAAGGAGAAAGACAAGAAAAGGCCGGUUUCUCGGUCAUCUCGAGCAGGUCUUCAGUUUCCAGUGGGUAGAAUUCACCGUCAACUCAAGUCCAGAACCGCAGCUCAUGGAAGGGUUGGAGCCACAGCAGCUGUUUACUCUGCAGCAAUACUGGAAUACCUGACAGCAGAGGUUCUUGAACUGGCUGGUAAUGCAAGCAAGGAUCUUAAAGUGAAGAGGAUCACACCCAGGCACUUGCAGCUUGCCAUUCGUGGAGAUGAGGAACUUGACACCCUUAUUAAAGGGACCAUUGCUGGUGGUGGUGUCAUCCCUCACAUUCACAAAUCACUCAUAAACAAAACCACCAAGGAGUGAAAUCCCCCCCUUUAACUUUGUUAUGUCUUGACUUAAUGACAGUUUGUGUUAGUGUCUUUUCUGUGUUAUCUGGCUUGAUAUUGGUAGUCUUGUAUUUUGGUUUAGGAACAAUUUCAGCUUAUCAGUCAUGUUUGAUGAAGUAAAACUUGUAGGAUGUAGUGGACAAUGGAAAUGUUAAUUUGACAUUUA